AGUUUAAAAAAGGUUUAAACCUGCUUUACAGCUGUCGGUCGUCUGUUUGCAUAGAAUCAGUACUUACCUUGAGGACUCUCCACGAUCGCUAGGGGUAGAUCUAGAAAAAAGAGAGAAAGAGAGAGAGGGCGAAGGGGAGAAGAAAGCGUCCGCUUCACGAAGGUUUCUGACACAGAAAUGGAAAAAUGAUCAUCGGACCCAGGGUCAGAUCUGCAGAGUUCUUGGAGAGGGAGAGGCGUCACUUCCCGGACAUCCACAAUAACUGCUCGGCGCCCGCUUACCGUUCCCGGGGACGGAGGUACAUCCCCCAUGGGUACGGGUUUAAUGAUGAGUGGACCCCCCACAACCAGAACAUCAACAUCAAAUAUACAGAAAAUGGACCAGACUGGAAAUCCAAGCUGAAGUACAUUCCAGAUCCAGAAAAUCCUAAAUAUCCUGCAGCAGAGAUUUUUGAGAACAACUGGAAAGCCAUGAGACCUUAUCCUUACACUUACAUGCGGACCCGGAAUGAGUGGCUCUUGGACCCGGGACUGACCAAGGUCGGCCUGAGGUGUAACUUUGAAGGUGUUCAUAGGGCUACAAACACCAGCAGUGACGAGAUCACACACAGGAUGCUGUUUGGGAGGGGACGCAACGGCUCUAGCAUAGUGGACACCAGAAGGGGUUAUGAUGAAGUAUUCAAUACAAAACUCCACUACAACAUGCCAGAGACGACAAUAGACAGGAGGAACGGCAUACCGUACGCCUCUGAAGGGGACAAGUCGUACCAAGCCGUGGAGUACUCCCCAAACUUCCACAAGGCGGGCUCCAGUCUCCCGUCCCCACAGUUCGGUGCUAACUACCCAAAAGUAUCCACUGACACCUGUGUACCGCUUCUUCCGCUUCCCAAGAUUCCAAGGGACACUUUCCGAGAGAUGGAGAAAAGGCGACAGAUGUCGGACGAGAUCAGCGCGGUCCAGGACUUAGAAAGCUGGGAGCCCGCUAAGCCAAUCCACCAGGCAUUAAUCCCGGAAGAUCCUCCGGCCAAGAAAUAAACAGCUGUCACAAGAUGGCGGGCAAUCAUACCGGAAGCUCCCUGUCACCGAUGUCAUAUUGGCCAGCGUUGCCAUUACCGUUCCUUAAGCGUGCACUUGAGUCCGCCAUUUUUUUCCUCUCCAAGUUUACUUCUUCCAUCUGUAUACAAUGGAUGUGUGUAGGGUUUUUUUACGGUUGUGAUAGGGUAUCUGUUUAUGGUGGCAUAAAUAAUAUGUAGUCCAUUUUCAGUAUUUAUUCAGUGCCUUUUAUAUAAGGUUCACGAACGCCUUACUGAGACAAUGAAACAUGUAUCUGGUGUUAAAACCUUCGACACACGAACCUUUAGCCUUUUUUACCCUUUCAUGUCUUUUUUUGUGUCAGACAGUUUGUGAUGUUUUGUUACUAUAUAUUUGUCUGCCUACUGGAUUUUUAACGCAUUAUAGAGUAAUCGCUAUUUUUUUUAUUUGAGUUUUAUGAAAUUCUUUAAAAGCUUGUAUGUGAUACUUGAAAUUUUAGACCACCAAUUCUAUAACAGUAUUACAGCGUGUUAGCCCACUCGCACCCCCUUGUGAUCUAUUUGACCAGCGAUAAACGGCGAAUGUUACUCACAUUUGUAAAUCUUAUUUUACCGAAACACUCCCAGUGUUACUCCGAUUUCUGCAUAUUAACGUAAGCGACACCAACUUUACAGGAAAUUAUUGCGCUGUGUCACUAAAGAAGACCUAUAAAUAUAUAGCAAAGAAAAUUGCAUUUUGUGUCACAAAAGACCCGAGGAAGCCAUUUUAUUUGUUUGCCUGUUUAUUUAUGAUCCAGAAAAAAAGCGAGGAUAUAUCAAUAUCGUUUUGAUUAAUCAUGGGCUACCAUCAGUGCCAGAAUAUUUCAUUCAUACAUUUUUUUUCUACAAAUCAAAAUGUUGCAUUUUUAGAAUGAAAAUCAUGGCGUCCUUAGUUUGUUAUUUAAGCGUCGAAGAAAAAUUUAUGAAAGAUUAUUGAUUUUUUAAUAAAUAUAUACAUUUUGUACAUGUAUAUAUAUAAUCAUUUUGCGCUGUUGUGUAUAAUGAAUAUUUGAAUCUAUCUUUUUGGAUCAUUAAAACUUUGUAUCAUGUGUGUACUUGCUACAUGAAUACGCACAAGUAUUUUGUUUACUCGGCUGAUUUUUUUUAUUAAACCCAUGACAAUUUCUAAAGGGUUUUUAAACAUUUUGAAUUAUACCUAUUAAAUGUAAAAAUUAAUAUAUAGAAUAUCAGUAUUUUAUUUGAACAGUAUUCAUACAUUUAUAUUUAUUUAGUGACCGCACUGUGUUAAUACUCGCUCAAAACCGCACAUCUUUUCUACUUGAUGUAUAUUUACUUGGAAACAAUGCUUUUAUAUGUAGAAAGUUGUGUUAAUUCGUUAUGUCAAAUGUAACGUGUUUAAUCAAUGAUAGAAUAAGGGUGGAAAUCCAACAUAUUAAUUCCUAUCAAUUUUGGAUGACGAUUAAUUAUUAUGUCGUAAGUGAAUAUGAGAAUGAUUCUUCCAGGGAAAAGAUUUAGAAAGAAUUGGAUUUUGUUCAUAUAUUUUUGUUCAAAUAUGAAUUUUUAUAAAUCAUAUAACUUAUAUUUAUUUUCAGCAUAUCUGUGAUUCAGUCUUUUGUAUUCAUAAAAUAAAAAAUGAACAUGCUUGUUUUAUAAUGCAUUAAAUAUUUUUAUAUUUAAAAAAAAAACCAACUAAAUACAAGAAAUCUAAGUGGUUGUUUUAUCGUAUGUAUUUUGGUAUUAAAGUUUUUUUUAUGCUGGUCUGGGUCAAACUAAGUUUAUUUUAAUGCCUUAACCAAUAUGGUUCUUUUAAAAACUCAAUAAUCCUGUAACAUUACAAGACACAUGAAUACAACUGAAAUGAUCUCGUAAAUAUUUCCAACUUCCUGUCUUCAUCGGAUGUAAUUUUGAAAUAAAAGACAUUAAA